CGUAAAAAUUAAGAAGAAGUCCAAGUCAGUCUCCAACUACAACCACAGACCAGUGUGACAAAGGAAGUCGAGGAUCCAAAACACACCCCCACACACUGGCCUUCACAAUUCUCUCCAAUUUCAGAAUUCUCACAAAGAAUCGCGAAAUCUCGACGGAGCUAGGGUUUCGGCUGCCGGAGAACAAUGGCGUCCGUGUACAUUCCGGUGCAGAACUCGGAGGAGGAAGUGAGAGUCGCUCUCGAUCAGCUCCCCAAAGACGCUUCCGACAUCCUCGACAUCCUCAAGGCCGAGCAAGCCCCUCUCGAUCUCUGGCUCAUCAUCGCGAGAGAGUACUUCAAACAAGGAAAACUCGAACAAUUCCGGCAGAUUUUGGAGGAAGGGUCAAGUCCUGAAAUUGAUGAGUACUACGCUGAUGUUAGAUACGAGAGAAUUGCAAUAUUGAAUGCUUUAGGAGCGUACUAUAGCUACCUUGGAAAGAUUGAGACUAAACAAAGAGAAAAGGAGGAGCAUUUCAUCUUGGCCACGCAAUACUACAACAAAGCGUCGAGAAUCGACAUGCAUGAGCCUUCUACUUGGGUUGGAAAAGGUCAGCUUUUACUAGCUAAGGGGGAAGUAGAGCAGGCAUCUGCUGCAUUUAAGAUUGUUUUAGAUGGAGAUCGUGAUAAUGUUCCAGCCCUCUUGGGUCAGGCAUGUGUUGAAUUCAACCGUGUACGCUAUUCGGAUUCAUUGGAGUUGUAUAAGAGGGUCCUGAAAGUAUAUCCCAAUUGUCCUGCUGCUGUAAGACUUGGCAUAGGUCUAUGUCGUUAUAAGUUGGGUCAAUUUGAAAAAGCUCGACAGGCAUUUCAAAGGGUUUUACAGUUAGAUCCUGAAAAUGUUGAGGCUCUUGUUGCACAAGCAAUUAUGGAUUUAAAUACACAUGAAGCUACUGGAAUUAGAAAAGGGAUGGAAAAAAUGCAGAAAGCUUUUGAGAUAUAUCCUUACUGUGCAAUGGCUCUAAAUUAUUUAGCAAAUCACUUUUUCUUCACGGGUCAACACUUUGUGGUUGAACAACUGACUGAAACUGCACUUGCUGUUAGCAACCAUGGACCGACAAAGUCACAUUCUUACUACAAUUUAGCACGAUCUUACCAUAGCAAGGGGGACUAUGAAAAGGCUGGGUUGUAUUACAUGGCAUCUGUCAAGGAAGUUAAUAAGCCUAACGAAUUUGUAUUUCCUUACUAUGGGUUGGGACAGGUACAAUUGAAGUUGGGAGAUUUUAAAAGUGCACUAGCAAACUUCGAAAAGGUUUUAGAGGUCAAUCCUGAUAAUAGUGAGACAUUGAAAGUUCUUGGGCACAUUUAUGUGCAGCUGGGGCAGACAGAGAAGGCCCAGGAAUUUAUGAGGAAGGCUACAAAAAUUGAUCCACGUGAUGCCCAGGCAUUUCUUGACCUAGGGGAACUACUAAUAUCAUCUGACCCUGUAGCUGCUCUGGAGUCCCUAAAAACUGCUCGUACCCUUUUAAAAAAGGGAGGUCAAGAAACACCAAUCGAAGUUCUCAACAAUCUUGGAGUUCUCCAUUUUGAAAGGGGAGAAUUUGAGCUUGCUCAACAAACUUUCAGGGAGGCACUAGGUGAUGGAAUAUGGCUUGCCUUCAUUGAUGGUAAAGAAAACCCUCCACCUGUUGAUGCUAGUGCAUCAAAUCUUCAGUACAAAGACCUGCAUUUAUUUCAGCAUCUUGAGAAAGAGGGUCGUGUUGUCGAUUUACCUUGGAACAAAGUUACAACACUAUUUAACAUGGCAAGAUUACUCGAGCAGUUGCAUAACACUGAAACUGCGAGCAUAUUGUACCGUCUGAUCUUGUUUAAGUAUCCAGACUAUAUAGAUGCUUAUCUGAGGCUUGCUGCUAUUGCAAAAGCUCGAAACAAUCUUCAACUAAGCAUUGAGCUGGUCAAUGAUGCUAUGAAGGUGAAUCAGAAGUGCCCAAAGGCAUUAUCUAUGCUUGGAGACUUGGAAUUGAAGAAUGAUGAUUGGGUUAAGGCAAAAGAAACCUUACGUGCUGCUAGUGAAGCAACAGAAGGGAAGGAUUCCUAUGAUACGCUGUCUCUGGGGAACUGGAACUACUUUGCGGCUGUCCGUAAUGAAAAAAGAAAUCCUAAGUUGGAAGCUACACAUUUAGAAAAAGCUAAGGAACUUUACACAAAGGUUCUAGCUCAACAUUCUGCCAAUUUGUAUGCUGCAAAUGGCGCUGGAGUGGUAUUUGCUGAAAAGGGUCACUUUGAUGUUUCAAAAGAUAUUUUUACUCAGGUUCAAGAAGCUGCAAGCGGAAGCAUUUUUGUCCAGAUGCCAGAUGUCUGGAUAAAUUUGGCGCAUGUUUAUUUUGCCCAGGGCAAUUUUGCGUUGGCUGUGAAAAUGUAUCAGAAUUGCCUAAGGAAGUUUUUCUACAACACAGACUCUCAAAUUCUUCUCUAUUUAGCUCGCACAAAUUACGAGGCUGAACAAUGGCAAGACUGCAAAAAGACUUUGCUGAGAGCCAUCCAUUUGGCACCUUCAAAUUACGCACUGAGGUUUGAUGCAGGUGUUGUGAUGCAGAAGUUCUCAGCUUUAACCCUACAAAAGGAAAAGAGGACUGCAGAUGAGGUGCGCUUAACAGUUUCAGAGUUAGGAAAUGCUGUUCGUGUGUUUAAACAGUUGUCUGCCUCUGCUGCUUCAAACCUUCACUUUUAUGGGUUCGAUGAGAAGAAAAUUGAUACCCAUGUUGAGUACUGUAAACACUUACUUGAAGCAGCAAGAGUUCACCUAAAAAAUGCUGAACAUGAAGAGCAGAAAAACCGGCAUAAACAAGAAGCUCUUCGUCAGAUGGCAUUGGCUGAGGAAGCUCGUCGUAAGGCUGAAGAGCAGAGGAAAUUUCAGUUGGAAAGGAGAGUGCGAGAGGAUGAGCUGAAGCAGGUGAGGCAACAGGAGGAGCAUUUUGAGCGUAUAAAGGAGCAAUGGAAAAGCAGCACAUCUGGUUCUAAGAGAAGGGACAGGUCAGAGAUUGAUGAUGAGGAAGGUGGAAAUAGUGAGAAGCGGAGGAGAAAGGGUGGAAAGAGGAGAAAGAAGGACAAGCACUCAAGAUCACGUUAUGAAGCAGAGGAUGUGGAAGCAGAGAUGAUGGAUGAUCAGGAAGAACUGGAAGAUGAAAAUGCCAAGAUGAAUUAUGGGGAGCCUGCUGCGCAGAUUAAUGACCAAGAUGAUUAUGCGGCAGAAGAAAAUGCUCGGGAUCCUCUUGCAGCAGCUGGGCUAGAAGAUUCCGGUGCUGAGGACGAGGUUGCACCUGAAUCAGCAGCUAAUCGGCGAAGCCGUGCAUGGUCAGAAUCCGAUGAUGAUGAGCAAUUAGAUAGGCAGCCAGAGCCUGGUGAAAUCAGAGAAAAUUAUGCAGACAUGCCGGGAAGUGACAGAGUUAAGCUCGAUGAAGAAGGUGCCAUCAAUGAUGAUGAUUGAGAUCCACAGUCGAACCGAUGUUCAGGAACAAACCCAGCAAGGUGAAAGCCUUGGUUUGGGAGACCGUCAUAAUGUUUAUAGGUGCCAAUAUAUGCUCACAGCUUUAAAAACUUAUCACAAUCUGUAUUUGUACCUUGAAACUCGUAUUAAUAGAAACAAUAUUCAGCUAAAGCUUAUAGUGCCUGGCUCCUAACAAGUUCAUUUUCCGAGUGUUAUCAUGAGUUUCUAUACAUUGACUGCACAAUUUCAGCAA